AGUGUGCGUGUAAGGCGCACACUAUAUAUUAUCCACCACGCUUAUUGAGUGUGCCUGAAAGAGCACACUUUAAAACCUCACAAGCUUAUUCUUAUUAGUGUGGCUGCCCUUUAUUUUUAUUAUUGGUGUGGGUGCCCAAAGUGUUAACAUGCUAAUGCUAACAUGCUAAUGCUAACAUGCUAAUGCUAACAUGCUAAUGCUAACAUGUUAAUGUUAUCAUGUUAAUGGUAAUGCUAACAUGCUAAUGUUAGCUGUCAACAAGGUGGACUUUAUCCCGGCUUAUGCCAGCAGUCUAUCCCUGGACCUACUGGCCCUCACCGAAACCUGGCUUAAAACCGAAAACACCGCCACUCGGGCAGCACUCUCCACGGCUCACUCCUUCUCUCAUACCCCCCUCUCCAAGCGAGGAGGAGAAACUGGGGUCCUGGUUAACAACAAAUGGAACUAUGCUCCCCUGCUCCUCAACACCAACUACUGCUCAUUUGAACACCAUGCAAUCAAAGUCAUAACUCCAGUCAAAUGCUCAGUGAUCGUCAUCUACCGUCCUCCUGGACCUCUGGGUGACUUCGUCAAUGAGUUAGACACGCUACUGUCCUCAAUCCCUGAACUUGAGUGCCCGCUGCUGGUCCUCGGUGAUUUCAACAUCCAUCUAGGCAAAGCUUACGCCACAUACUUUCUAUCCCUCAUCAACUCAUUUGACAUGCAACUAGUCAGAACUCCCCCAACUCACAAAAACGGCAAUCAACUGGAUCUCAUCCUUACCAAAAACUGCAAAACUGAUGACAUAAUGGUCACACCAUUACAUACCUCGGACCACUUCUUCAUCCACUUCACGCAAUCUCCGCAACUUGUCUGCCACCCACUUCGCCUCAGUCGUCGCUGCUGCCCUUCCCCCUCCCAACAGUCUCUCUCCGCUAGAUGUCGAUGCAGCCGCAGAAUCUCUUCAAAUCGCUGCUCUCUGAUCUGUCAACUUGGAUGAAAGACCACCGUCUCCAGCUUAAUCUGUCAAAAACCGAUCAAUCUGCCAUGA